CAUAUCCUCGACACGGAUACCUCCGUUCGUUUACUAAUCGAUCACUGUUGGUGGUGGCUCAGUGGCUGUUCCCGUUUCUAUUGACAGAAAGGACGUCACUCACAGAAGAAGUGGAACUAUAUCUAAACAUCUCUAUAUAUUGCUAACCAGGAAUAAUGUUGAACAGUGGAAGUUUUGGUUUCAUUUGUCAUCGUGAACCGUGACAUAUUUUUCAAUAAUGUAUAUGUAAAUUGACAAUUGUCAAUCUCAAUGAAAAAUGAGGACGAUAAUGCGUCGUUAAGUGUUAAAAGAAGAAUGAAAUAACAAACGCACACACACACACACACGGGAGUUUUAAAGGGCAAUAUUACGUUUGCUUAUCAAUAAAAGAAAAAAAAACGACAGGAUUAUGAUGAGAUAACGAUUGCAGAAUGAGGUACAGAAGCAGAGACCUUCUCGGUUAUGCAGUCUUUACCCUGACUCUGCAAUUUAAUGGCUGUGUCGAAGGCGGUGCUUCGUGUAAGGAUUUGCAGGGACGAUCUUAUGAAACUGGUUUUCAUUAUACCCCUGGUUCUGAACCUUGCACACUCUGCGUUUGCGACAAUGGCAAUCCAAAGUGGUGUAAAGCCGUUAUUUGUACAUUUCCACAGGAGACUCUACCUAAACAAGACUGCAAAUCAUUUCGAUUUGGUAACACGUGUUGCGAAUUCAUCUGUGUGGAUGAUACAUUGUCCGCCGUAUCGAAUGAAAAAACUGAAGGCGAAGGAACAACAAUUGCAGAAGGCAAUGCAAAUUAUGACACUGGCUUACGAUUAGUCGCCAGUUGUAUUACGGCAAUUCUAUCGUUGAGUCUUCUAUUUUUUUUAAUUCACCGUCUACGACAACGAAAAAUAAGAGUUUGCGUAGCUGGACGACAGAAUCGGCAAGUGUCGGAGGAUCAGAGAAGUCUCGGCAGUAUGGGCUACUUGGAGAGAGGGGGUUUGCAGCACGGAGUGCCAAUGGAAGACAUGCCCUGCGGGGGCGGCUAUCCCCUGUGGAAACCGCCGGGCAAUUACUUCCCCCGCGGCGAAGCGCCUCCGCCCUACGAGGAAGCGGUCGCAGCAGCUCGCGCCGAGCAAGUCCUUCUCUCCACAAGUCCCCACGCUCUCUCGCCUUCGAAUUUUCCCAGUACUUACCUGACGAGUCACAGCAGCAACUCCAGCAUGGCCCUCGUCACCAACAGUCAAAACGGUUUGCCAGCGAGUUCGCCAACGCUCUCGUGCAACAACAACAACAACACUGCCAGCACCUCGCCACUGAUACCUACCUCAAAUAGACCCUUAAGCAGCCCCGGAGCCCACUCGAACUGCUACCAACUAAGUCAGAGCGAAUCGGCCUCCACGGGCCUCUACGCCGGCACGUCGACCACAAGUUUCACCAUGGGCACGAACACCUAUGAGAAUUUGCCAGCCGCCAACAUCUCCAGCAUCAAUCCACAGCAUUCGAGCAACAUUCUCCUACUGCCGAACCCAUCUGUUCCAAAGACUUAUCAUCAUCAUCAUCAUCACCAUCAUCACACAACUCUUCCGCGGCCGGGAGGAGCCUUCACGAUAUCGGCAACCCUGCCAAAUUCUGGUGCAAACACUCAUCGGACGAUUCCCCGAUCACUGGCCACCACCGGCAGUCUUAGACUUCGACGCGAAUUCAUGGCACAUCAGCCAAUUGCACCACUAUUCGAUGCACCGCCAAAGUGCACUUCGCCGGAACGCUCGCCACGAUCGGCACCACCUUCGCUUCCAAUCGCCGAUAACGCCAUUCGCUCGGACACCCUCUACGAGGAUGUUCUCCCAUCGAAGGCCGGUGGAUCUCAGGUCGAGGCUAAACCACCCGAAAUCACACCCUUAAUGUGUAAACCACCCGAGAUCACACCCUUAUUGUGUAAUUACAAGCCACCAUUGGCAUCGAGUAACGACAUCAAUCAGGAUGGAAGUUUCGAUUCCGUGACGUGCACUUGCAGUAUGCAGGUAUUGCCGCCCUUGCACGACGAGGCCGAUGAUUAUCGUAGCGAAUGUGAAAAUUGCAAGAGUGCAACCGGUUCACGAUAUUAUUUAGACAAUGAGGAUGAAUUGGUGACAUCGCCUCAUGAGACUAUGACGCUACAGAGAAGAACUGAAGAAACUGCCUCGAGCGCGACACCUCAAUAUUACAGAACUUCACUCACUCUUCCAACAAGUACUCGUCAACGUUCAAGGAGCGCUGGAACUCGGGGAAAUUGGUUUAGUUCAAUGCCAGAAAGCUCGACAGAAUCUUCGGACGGCGAAUAAACAAGUGAGAAAAUUCUAAUUCCAAAAUGAAGUCACAAAAUCUGCCUGUAUAAUGUGAGUGCCAAAACUUACAGUUACCAAAAUUAGUACCCGGUAUCGUUCUUAAACAGUCAUUUUUAGAAGCAAGAGGCAAAUUAAGCUUACCAGUUUUCUAGCAGUAUUGCGAUUCAGGGUACUAUCGAUUUCAAAAAAAAAAAAAAAAUCGAAAUAGACUUGCAAAAAGCAGGAACUCCACAAACAUCUUCCUUAAUAAUCGAAAGUCCUAAAAUUAAAGUUUAUUCUUCAUUACAAGUUAAUGAACAACUAAACUAAUAAUAUAAUAAUUAUCAUUCACCAUUAUAUCUCCACAUUUGUGUAUAAUAAUUAUUAUAUUCUUGUUAUUAUCAUUAUUAUUAUUAAUCGUAAUAUUAUUUACUCAAAAAGAAAAAUUGAGAACUAAUUUUCUAUAGAAAUUUUUAUUUUUUUAUAAUGUGUACAUAAAAUGAAAACGAACUAUUCCAUAAAUUAUUAUAUUGCUUCCAUUUUUUAAAGUAUGUUAAAUAAUUUUUUCUUUCAAUAUAAUCACAAAUAAUUUUUUAACGACGAAAGAUGUUUGUGAAAUGCCUAGUCAUUAUAUAUUGGUCUUUUCAAUAUAUAAAUAUAGAGAAAAAUACUAAUAAUUUUAUUUAAGACAAAGAAAAAAAAAGCGAAAAAAAUUCAAUCAACGAUUGGAAAGUAGAUAACGUUAAAAAGUUACCGAAUCGAACAAAAAUGCAUGAACUAAUCAAUACCAAAAAAAAAAAAAGAAAAAAAAGAAAA